AUGGCAGGCGUCAAGAGGUCCCUGGGGACCUUUCUUGGCCACGAGGAUACCUUGCUUCGACCAAACGGCCACAGCCGACCCAAGACCGUCCACUACAAUCAUGGAAUUCCCCGCGAUAACCUCGAUAAUUCGACACCGCAAGCACAGUCUUUUAAACUGAGCGAUGUACUCCAGUCUCAACCUCCAUCGCGGGCUACUUCUCGAGCCAAUUCGAGAGCCAAUUCUCAAUCCGCGGCGCCAUCAAAUACGGACCAACACGAUGGACUUACUCGAACACCCUCUCCAACGUUUCCUCCCUUGACUGGGCAGGUCCCUGAUUUCAGUCCAGACGCGUCAAUGAUACUUGUCGGUAUGCGCGGAGCUGGAAAGUCGACGUUAGCUAUCAUGGCUUCCUCGGCAAUGGACCGCAAAGUCAUUGAUCUGGAGCCAGCUUUCCAGAGAUCCAUGGGCCUUUCGAGUGCCGCUUACAAGUCCGAGCAUGGGUCUUCAGAGUGUUACAAGCAGCAAGCCAAGGUCUUGCAAAGUAUCCUGCAGCGACAUUCGACUGGCUGUAUUCUUGUCUGCUCUUGGAUGGAGAGUCGUGUGCAAAGUCUCCUGCGAGAGUUUGCGGCGACCAACCCUGUCAUCCACAUUGUCCGUGAUUUCGAUGCCAUUAAGAAUCAUCUCAAGAUCCGCGACGGUUCCAAGGUCCAGAGCUUGCUCGAUGUUAGCAACGCCAUCUUCAGGUCUUGCACCAACUUUGAGUUUUUCAACGUCACAGAGAAGGCUUCCAAGUCGUCGCUUUCUCGGGAGUCAUUGACACAAAGAUCGCCAGCUCCAUAUUUAACGUUAAAGCAUGUCGAGCGACACUUCCUGAAGUUUCUAUCUCUUGUUUAUCCCGCUGGCACAAUACCAUUCACAGACUCUGCAUUCCCCUUAUCGAGGAUACCUGCGGAGGAACGCAACUUUACCUAUGCCACCUCCAUUCCUCUUUCAGAUGUCAUUAAAGACUCUGUUGAUGUCGAAGAGCAUGUAAUCGGAGCAGAUGUUGUGCAAAUAGUUGUGCAUGACCUGGCUGAACAUGCUGAACAAGGUACAUUGACGUCCGAAGCCAGCGGAAAACUGCUUGCCAACAUUACCAAAGGCGUUGGUAUUGUACGGCGAAGCACUAUCUUACCUAUAAUCCUGCAUAUAUUCCUACCUCAUACAGCAAGCGACGAAGUCUUGCGUGUCUACCUUGAUCUUGUUCACCAUUCCGUACGUCUCGCACCCGAGAUGAUGACGGUCGACCUUCGACUCGAAGACGUCCACAUCUCACGCAUAUUAUCUAUUCGAAAGAGAACAAAGAUGAUUGGAAAUUGCUUCAUCACCACAGAUCCUCCGUCAUGGGAAUCUCCAAUAUGGAUGUCGUGGUAUAAGAAGGCCAACAAUCUGGGAUGCCAUCUUGCUAGAUUGAUUCGACCUGCAGUUACUAUUGAAGACAAUUUCCGCAUUCACUACCUCAAGACAUCAGUUGCAGCUUUACAGGGGCCCAAGAUCCCACUUAUAUCUUACAAUUCUGGCCCUCUUGGUCGGAAUUCUCAAGCUUUCAAUCGAAUUCUUACUGUUGUCCGACCAGAUUCGCUGGAGCGGGUGAAUCCUAGGCCCCCAAUAACACCAUCCAUUACCACGGUCGGGGCGACAGAAGCUCUCUUCUCGUCUUUUAUAUACGACCAGAUGAAACUUUACGUCGUUGGCGCCAACGUCAGCUACAGUUUGUCUCCUGCGAUGCACAAAGCAGCAUUAAAGGCAUGCGGGUUGCCUCAUACCUACGAGCCAGUGUCUUGCGCGUCGCUUCGAGGAAUCAAGCAUUUGAUCGAGGAUCCAGAGUUUGGUGGAGGCUCAAUCGGCCUCCCCUUCAAAGUUGAGAUCAUUACCUUGACCCAUUCGUUGAGCAAACACGCCCGCGCAAUUGGUGCUGUCAACACACUGAUUCCCAUCCGCUCUUUAAAUGAUGAUGGGACAAUACCAUCUGGGGCUGCCUUUUUCGAUAGCGUCAACCGCUCAGGUCCCAUUAAGGCUCUGUAUGGUGAAAACACCGACUGGAUUGGCAUUCGCGCAUGCAUUCGCCGUGGCCUCUCCCCGGCCAACGCAGUCGUGUCCAGCACCUGUGGCCUGGUCAUUGGAGCAGGCGGCAUGGCCAGAGCUACAGUCUAUGCCAUGCUUCAAGUUGGCAUCAAGAACAUUGUCAUCUACAACCGCACACCAAAGAACGCCGAAAAAAUGGUGUCGCACUUUACGCAGGUCCUUGAGAGGAAGGACCAUGGCCUACUGAGCGCCGGCAGCGAGCAUUCUCGCUUCCAUGUCAUCGAAUCAAUAGAAGAUGCCUGGCCGGCAGAAUUCCGCCUACCUACCGUCAUUGUUUCUUGUAUUCCCACCCACCGCAUUGGCAACGUCCCCGCCCCCGAACUGAUCCUCCCCAACGAGUGGCUGGGAAGUCGGACUGGCGGUGUUGCAAUUGAGUGGGGGUACAAGACAUUGGAUACACCAUUCCUAGCACAAUUUCGAGCAGAGUCGCAUCGCGGUUGGGUAAGUAUGGACGGUCUGGAUAUAUUGCCAGAGCAGGGAUUUGCUCAGUUUGAGUUGUUUACUGGUCGGAGAGCCCCGCGGAGGCUCAUGAGGAGGAUGGUGUUUGAGGCAUACCCCGUUGAGGAGGGCAAGUCGAAUUUUAAGGAGUUACAACCUAGGUUACAGUAUCACCUGACACGACUCGCAGCCCUUACAAUCAUCGCUAUUCACUCAAUUUUUGACAUCACUCUCUCGGCCAACACGAACGACCCCAGUCCGUUUCACGUCAUGAUGCUAUCUCGCCACGUUCGCACAUCUCUUCGGAAAGUCAAGCCUACCCUAAACAUUCCGUCUCGCUUAUAUCACAAUACUGUCGCAAAGUUCACCACCAUCGAUUCAAAGGGCAUGCCAGUCUCUUAUGAUAGUGGUAUCAUGAUUGGCGAGCCCGGGGAAAAUUAUAUUUAUGUUGAACCCGAUAUUGGGAAAGCGAUCGAGCGUGCAGUCAUUCCUCAAAUGAAGCCCGACAUUGAGACACAUUCUAAUACUCUUUCACUUCAAUUCAACCACCGCUCACUUUGCUUCACACACGAGUCCUUGUCCUUUCCUCGAAUCGAGUUACAGCAAACCCUUGGCGACUCUAAGCAAGAUAUGAGUUCUGCAACACUCUGGCUCACGGGGAACUGGAAUGCUAUCACACUCGAUGGAACACCAGACGUCUCUGUUGUUCUCCUGCUUAUGAUGUCUGCCCCAUGCUUUCGUUUCCUCACUACGACUCAAAUCCUUCGACUCUACGAAACAAACAUCAUUCGCGCUAGACCUACCCAAAUGACUUACCUCGAGUCUGCUGUUUUCUCGCCCCAGCAGCAUAAGAACUAUGGUCAGGAUGAUCCUUUCCAGCUAGCAGGCAUUCUCGUCCAGAAGAUCAUCCUAAACCACCCUUUUCAGGACGGGAAUAAGAGGACGGCCCUGGUAGCGGCCAACAUGUUUCUACAGUUACACGGUUAUCAACUACGGGAGGAACUCGUCACCAGCGAUGAAAACGAUGAACGGAUAAAAGAUGCUCAUGUUGCUGUUGCCACGAGACAGUGGGAUGCUGAGCAGUUAGCAAGCUUCUAUAAGACCAUUGUAACACGGCUUUGA